AUGGAAUUUGCAUUGAGCACCAUGGUGUGCCUCUUUCUCCAUUUGUUCCCGCUGUAUUCUUAUUGUUAUUGUUGUUGUACUUAUCCAUUUUCCGAUGGUUUGUUUACAUAUAAUCUUUCAUUUGUUGUUGUUUUACUAUUCUCGUUAUUAUUAUUUUUUUUAUUCUUAUCUUUCUUUUUUAUCGUUAUUGUUAUGAUGGUUUCUCUUGUUGGUUUAGCAGCCAUGAUGCUGAGCAAUGCGCAGGAGAGUUUUGGAUCCGCCUUCAGCUCGGCGGGAAAUUUUUUUGGCGGUGUGAAGCGUCAGGCGUUUGGGAUGUUUUCCGAUGAGCCCCCAGCGGAGGUUGAGGUUUUGGAUAUACCGGAGGAUACCGGACUUAUAGGAGAUGUGCGGGAGAUGAUGGAUCUCUCCUACUCUCAACGACUUUGGGCUUUUUUUAUGGUACUCGGGAUGGGAAUUGUUUUUAUAGUCAUUGCUGCACUAUUCGCUCCGACGGUUGCCCUCUUCCCUAAGAAAUUUGCGUUUUUCCUUACCGUCGGGAAUAUGUUCUGCUUCGGUUCCACAAUGUUUCUUGUGGGUAUCAAGCAACAACUACACUCUCUCUUUAGCGCAAAGCGGUUGGAGGCUGGAAUUGCAUUUAUCGUAUCUCUCCUGCUCACACUUUUUUUUACUCUGUAUUGGAAGUCGAGCUUUUUGGCUGUAUUCUUCGCGGUUGUUCAGGUGCUAUCCAUGAUGUGGUACGCGCUCAGUUUUGUGCCUUUCUUACGAACAGCAGUUGCUACGGUGAGCUCUUACAUGUGCCGUGCCACUGGAAGCAUCAUUGGGUUCUUUAGGGGGUGA